CUCCAGCCCAGACCAAACACAUCCAGCCUCUCAGUCAGGAGCUAAACAGGGAGGGAUCACAGGGAUUUGGGACACUUCAUCCGCUGUUGUCGAAACGUAUCUCCACUUGCCUUGACAUUUUUAUUCUUAACGGAAAAUCCUUGACCAUAACGGGGCAGCUGGAUACUGGGACGGCAUGGGAGAGCUUACGGCGUUUCUGCUGUUACUGGUGGCGACCUUGACGCUUUCAUCCGAGGUGCCUGCUGAUGACUCUGUGAGUUUGCUAACUGAGCCCCAGGUGGCCAUGUUCUGCGGGAAGCUCAACAUGCAUAUUAAUGUGCAGAGUGGCAAAUGGGAGUCUGACCCCUCCGGCACCAAGAGCUGCAUCGGCACCAAGGAGGGCAUCCUGCAGUACUGCCAAGAGGUGUACCCGGAGUUGCAAAUCACAAAUGUUGUGGAGGCCAACCAGCCCGUCAGCAUCCAGAACUGGUGCAAGAAAGGCCGCAAGCAGUGCCGCACUCACACUCACAUUGUGGUGCCAUACCGCUGCCUGGUUGGGGAGUUUGUGAGCGAUGCCCUGCUUGUUCCUGACAAAUGUAAGUUCCUGCACCAGGAGCGUAUGGACCAGUGUGAGAGUCACCUGCACUGGCACACUGUAGCCAAAGAGUCCUGUGGAGACCGCUCUAUGAAUCUCCAUGACUACGGGAUGCUGCUGCCAUGUGGUAUUGACCGUUUCCGAGGGGUGGAGUUUGUCUGCUGUCCGGCGGAGGCAGAGCGAGAGUCAGACAGCACAGAGCUAGAAGGGGAGGAGUCAGACGUCUGGUGGGGCGGAGCUGAGACCGAAUACUCUGAUAACAGCAUGUCUCGCCCGGCAGACACAGAGCCAGUCAUCGCUGAGGAUGAGGAAGAUGAGGAUGAAGACACGGAGACUUUUGAAAGGGAUGAAAAUGGAGAUGGCAACGAAGGGGAAGAUGAUGAAGAGGACGACGAUGACAUGACCAAUGAACGGGAUAGCGAUGAACACAACGCUAACAUUGCCAUGACAACCACCACCACCACCACCACUGAAUCAGUUGAGGAAGUUGUGCGCGCUGUUUGUUGGGCUCGUGCUGAGUCAGGCCCAUGUCAUGCCAUGCUGGAGCGCUGGUACUUCGUGCCCGAGAAGGGCAGCUGUGUUCCCUUCUUGUUUGGGGGCUGUGGGGGCAACAGGAAUAACUUUGGCUCAGAGGAGUACUGCCUAGCUGUCUGCGGCAGCUCGUUGCCCACCAUGGCCCCUAGUCCUCCAGACGCCGUGGAUCAGUACCUCGAAUCUCCCGGCGACGACAAUGAACACUCUGACUUCCAGAAGGCCAAGGAAAGCCUGGAGGCCAAACACCGGGAAAAGAUGUCCCAGGUGAUGAGGGAGUGGGAAGAGGCAGAGAGGCAGACCAAGAACCUUCCUCGUGCUGACAAGAAGGCUGUCAUCCAGCACUUCCAGGAGAAGGUGGAGGCUCUAGAGUGGGAGGCAGCAGGGGAGAGGCAGCAGCUGGUGGAAACACACAUGGCCCGGGUGGAAGCUCUGCUCAACAGUCGCCGGCGCCUGGCUCUGGAAAAUUACCUCACUUCCCUACAGGCAAACCCUCCACAGGCUCGUCAGGUGUUGAGCCUGCUGAAGAAGUACGUCCGUGCAGAGCAGAAGGACAGGCAGCACACACUGAAACAUUACGAGCAUGUCCGCACGGUCGAUCCCAAAAAGGCGGCACAGAUCCGACCUCAGGUUUUGACCCACCUACGCGUAAUUGUCGAGAGGAUGAAUCAGUCUGUCGGUCUGCUCUACAAAGUGCCCAGUGUGGCGAAUGAGAUCCAAAACCAAGUCUCUGUGAUAAUGCAGAGAGUUCAAUCUGAGCUGUCUCAGCAAGUCUCUUCCCUGCAGAGUGAUGGGCGGGUGGACGGCAGGGUGAGUUACGGUAACGACGCUCUGAUGCCUGAUCAGGCCUACAGCUCUGCUCCUAUGUACCCUGGCCUGGACGAACAGGGCUCCAUCCAUCCUGAGAGCUUCAACCAGCCCAACACAGACAACCACGUUGAGCCUGUUGAUGCGCGUCCAUUUCCAGAUAGGGGACUCCCCACACGACCUGUAUCUGCCCUAAAGCCAGAGGAGAUGCCAAAAGUGCGGACGGAGACUGAAGAGGAGCAAAGUGUUGGUUAUGAAGUUUACCCUCAAAAGCUGGUGUUUUUCGCUGAGGAUGUGGGGUCCAAUAAAGGUGCCAUCAUUGGACUUAUGGUUGGAGGGGUUGUCAUAGCAACUGUCAUUGUCAUUACCUUAGUGAUGCUGAGGAAGAAACAAUAUACUUCCAUUCAUCACGGUGUAAUUGAGGUGGAUGCGGCAGUGACACCAGAGGAGCGUCAUCUGGCCAAGAUGCAGCAGAACGGUUACGAGAAUCCCACCUACAAAUUUUUCGAGCAGAUGCAGAACUAAAGAACUGCUAAACAUUUUCUCCGGACGUACCCCCACACGGUCACUCGUAGGUUCUGUUCCAUUUUUGGUCCCUUGCCCUCAGCCCCUACGCCAUCACUUUCUUGCCAUGUUAAAGGUAAAGGUGUGAAGAGUAAUGCCAGGGCUGAUUUUUAUCUUAUUUUGUUAAGGUAGGAAAAGAUCCAUGAAAUCUUUGUAUCAGUAAACGUCUCAGUCAGGGGUUUGGGCCAAAGGAAAAUGACAUGGAACAAAGCCUUCUUAAUCCCAGAUCCAUUGAUUGUAAAGAGCCACUUGAGCUUACAUUUACCUGCCAUUAAGACAAGACAAGGGUACCCUGUUUCACCUGCACUUUUCCGCCAAUCACAACAAAAAUUUCAGUUUGUACUGAAAACCCCUUUUGACAAUUUAAAUCAAAUAUCUCCAAGCAUCCAAGCAGUUUAAUUCCCAGUCUCUCCCUCAUCACCUCAACUGUUCCAUCCCCCUCUCCAAUGACAGCUGUGCUGUGUUUGAUGACGUAACAGCUCUUAGAGCUGGCAAUGGCAGGAGGGGCUCCUCCUCGCACAAUUAAAGCCCAACUGUUUCAGGUUUGUUUUUCAAAAAAGGAGAAAAAAAAUGCAGAAAAAAUUAAAAUCAACAUAUGUAAAAGUUGAAGAUUAUUGAAUGUUUUGUUUGAUUUUUUUUUUUUUAUGUGAAUAUAUUAAGACGGAGAUCCGCUGUAAGUAUGUGUAGUGCAUGGCAAUAUUGAUGACAAAUACAGUAUACUGUAUGUUGAGGUCCUCAGGAGCGGUCCUCUUACUAGAUAUUUUAGCAGGAUUGUACAUUUCUAAUGUCUUCUUUGUGAUCUUGUGCUAUGAAGAAGAGAA